AGGUGACAUUUGCAGACAGAAAGGUAAACUGUCAAGGAAUUCAUCCUGUUUGGUAUUUAUUUGGGCUGACUUAAGGAGUCUUUGACAUAUCAGAUCAACUGGCCAAAGAAAAUGAAAAGUAGUGUGGCACAAAUAAAGCAUUCUUCUGGUCAUGACAGACGGGAAAAUUAUAAUUCAUAUCAAAGGACCUCCUCUCCAGAAGACAGGUACAUAGAACAAGAAAGAUCUCCUCGGGAUAGAGGCUACUUUGAUUCCAGCAGGUCAGACUAUGAGCGUUCAAGGAGAGAACGUUCUUAUGAUAGUAGCAUGGAGUCACGAGGUAGAGACCGAGAGAAACGCAGAGAAAGAGGUGUGGAUCGGAAGAGGUCCCGGAAGUCACCAUCUCCUGGGAGAAGAAGCCCAGAACCAUCGGUAACCCAGAGUUCCUCUGCUCAGGAUGAACCUACUGCAAAGAAGAAGAAAGAGGAGCUGGAUCCUCUUCUUACUCGCACUGGUGGAGCGUAUAUUCCUCCUGCCAAACUCAGAAUGAUGCAGGAACAGAUUACAGAUAAAAACAGCUUAGCAUACCAGAGGAUGAGCUGGGAAGCCUUGAAGAAAUCUAUCAAUGGCCUGAUCAACAAAGUCAACAUUUCCAAUAUCAGUAUUAUUAUUCAAGAACUUCUUCAAGAAAAUAUAGUUAGAGGAAGAGGCCUGCUAUCCAGAUCUGUUUUGCAAGCACAGAGUGCUUCUCCAAUCUUCACCCACGUUUAUGCAGCAUUAGUGGCAAUUAUCAACUCAAAAUUUCCACAAAUUGGAGAGUUAAUCCUCAAAAGAUUAAUUCUUAAUUUUCGAAAAGGCUAUCGGAGAAAUGAUAAGCCACUUUGUCUGACAGCUUCAAAAUUUGUGGCACAUCUUAUUAAUCAAAAUGUGGCUCAUGAAGUUUUAUGCUUAGAAAUGCUCACUUUGCUUCUGGAAAGACCAACAGAUGACAGUGUUGAAGUAGCUAUUGGUUUUCUUAAGGAAUGUGGUCUCAAAUUAACACAAGUGUCACCAAGAGGGAUCAAUGCUAUAUUUGAACGCCUUCGAAACAUUCUCCAUGAGUCUGAAAUUGACAAAAGGGUUCAAUAUAUGAUUGAAGUGAUGUUUGCUGUAAGGAAGGAUGGAUUCAAGGACCACCCUGUUAUCCUAGAAGGACUUGAUUUAGUGGAAGAAGAUGAUCAGUUCACCCAUAUGCUUCCUCUGGAAGAUGACUAUAAUCCAGAAGAUGUUCUUAAUGUUUUCAAGAUGGAUCCUAAUUUUAUGGAGAAUGAAGAGAAGUACAGAGCUAUAAAGAAGGAAAUUCUUGAUGAAGGAGAUAGUGACUCAAACACAGACCAAGAUGCUGGAAGUAGUGAAGAGGAGGAGGAAGAAGAGGAGGAGGAGGGAGAAGAAGAUGAAGAAGGACAAAAGGUGACUAUUCAUGACAAAACAGAAAUUAAUCUAGUCUCAUUUCGUCGUACCAUUUAUCUUGCUAUUCAGUCAAGUUUAGAUUUUGAAGAAUGUGCUCACAAGUUGCUAAAAAUGGAGUUUCCUGAGAGUCAAACAAAAGAACUCUGCAACAUGAUACUUGAUUGCUGUGCCCAACAAAGGACAUAUGAGAAAUUUUUUGGCUUAUUAGCUGGGCGAUUUUGCAUGCUAAAAAAAGAAUACAUGGAAUCCUUUGAAAGUAUAUUCAAAGAACAAUAUGAUACCAUCCAUCGCUUGGAAACAAACAAAUUGAGAAAUGUUGCUAAGAUGUUUGCUCACCUUUUAUACACUGAUUCACUUCCAUGGAGCGUUCUUGAAUGUAUAAAACUGAGUGAAGAAACUACUACGUCAUCCAGUAGAAUUUUUGUGAAAAUAUUUUUCCAAGAACUGUGUGAAUACAUGGGUCUUCCUAAACUUAAUGCAAGAUUAAAGGAUGAAACUCUACAGCCAUUCUUUGAAGGAUUGUUACCCCGAGAUAACCCAAGAAACACUCGAUUUGCCAUCAAUUUCUUUACUUCUAUUGGUCUUGGAGGUUUAACGGAUGAAUUGCGUGAGCAUCUCAAAAAUAUACCAAAGGUCAUUGUGGCACAAAAACCAGAUGUUGAGCCAAAUAAAUCCUCCUCCUCUUCAAGCUCUUCCGAGUCCUCCUCCUCAGAGUCUGACUCCUCUGCCUCUGAUUCAGACAGCAGUGACAGCAGUUCAGAGUCUUCUAGUGAAGAAAGCGAUUCUUCAUCCACCAGUAGUCAGAGCUCAGUCUCAGCUAAAAAUGUAAGAAAGAAGGGGCAUGGGAACCACAGAAGUAAAGAAGUAGAUAAAUUGAUCAGGAAACAAGAAAUGAAUGAUAGAAAACAAGAAGAAAGGAGGCCAGAGCAUCGGCACCAGGAGACAAGGACUGAGAGAGAAAGGAGGUCAGAGAAACCCAGAGAGAGAGAUUCAAGAGGCUCUGGAACAAAAUUCACUUCAGACAGAGGGAGUCCUCCUGAGAGAAACAGCCACAGCAGAGCCGUGCGUGACAGAGACCAAGAAGCACGCAUGGGUUUGGAACAUACUCAUGGAGAUCCCAGAAAGAAACGGGAGAGGAGAAAUUCUUUCUCUGAAAAUGAGCACAGACAUCGAAAUAGGGACAGUGAGAAUUUUAGAAGGAAGGACAGAUCCAAGUCAAGAGAAAAAAAUAAAAAACAUUCAGGUUCGAGAAGCGAUGAAGAUAGGUAUCAGAACGGUGCUGAGAGGCAAUGGGAAAAAUCUAGCCGAUACUCUGAACAAUCCGGAGAAUCAAAGAAAAAUCAGGACCGGCGAAGAGAAAAGUCUCCAACAAAGCAAAAAAAAUAA